AUGGGGCUCGCCGCGCCCCGCCAACGCCGGCGCAUCGCGGCCGACCCCCGCAAUCUGACCUGGUCGAACAACGCCUCCGGCACCUCCUUCGGCCACAAGAUCAUGACCUCGCAAGGCUGGGCGGAAGGCCAAUCCCUCGGCUCCAAGUCAUCGGUGCACCACGCGGCGCACGCGCGCGACGAGAACGCCGCGCGCCUGGCGGCGGCGCGCGUGGGCGUCGUUUUCAAGGACGAUACGCUGGGCCUGGGCGCGAAACUGAAGAGUAAAGAUGUGGAGGGGCAGAGGACGGGCAUGGAUGCGUUCAUGGGAUUGUUGGGCAGGUUGAAUGCGAAGGGGGAGAAGGAGGUGGAGGCGGUGGAGAGGAAGCAGGAGGAGAAGAAGUUGGAGAGGUAUGCGCUGGGGAGGUGGGGUGGGAUGGUGUUCGUGCCUGGUGGGGUGUUGGUGGGGGGCGACGAGUAUUCGGGGAAGAAGCAGGCUAGGGAGGCGGAGGAGAAGAAGAGGAGGGCUGAGGAGGCGGAAGGAAGUGCGGAUGCUGGUGAGGGUGGGGAGACUAGCGAGGAUCGGGCUCGGAGAAGGGAUGAGAAGAAGAAACGCAAAGAAGAGAGGCGGGCUAGGAGAGAGGCGAAGGCUGCCCGGCGAGCGGAGAAAGCUGCCAAGAAGUCGCAGACCACCCUUCAAGCUACGUCCGCGGACGAAGAGGAAGCCUCCCGUUCGACGUCCCGUUCGACGUCGGUCUCGAAGCGCAGAUCCAAACCCGCGCCCGACGAGCCUGUUUCGUCCGCGUCCUCCGACAGCGAGGAAGUCACAGCAAAGGCUGUCAAGAAGUCGAAGAAGCGGCAACACUCGGAAACAUCGACACCUGUGUUGUCGGACACGACACCUGCCCCGUUCCCCAGACCGACUGUGCGAAGCGGGCGACAGAUAUUACGAGGCAGGAACAUUGAGGCGAAGAGGCGCGCGUUCCAGGAUGCGAAGGGCUUAGAUGGCAUUUUUAUGAGAGCGGCCGGAUGA